CGCAAGGGUGGGCCGCUCACUGUGACGGACGCGAAUUUGUUCCUCGGUAGAUUGAUUCCUGAUCUAUUCCCAAAGAUCUUUGGCGAGAACGAGGAUCAGCCGCUUGAUUUGGAGAUCGUCAGGGAGAAGUUCAUUGCGCUCACAGAUGUGAUCAAUCGCGAUACGGGCGAUUCACUUACCCCCGAGGAGGUUGCUUGUGGGUUUUUGGAUGUGGCGAAUGAGACCAUGUGUCGGCCGAUUCGGGCGCUGACGGAGGGGAAGGGGUAUGAUAUUGCAAGCCACAAUUUGGCGGUCUUUGGAGGCGCAGGAGGUCAACAUGCCUGUGAUAUUGCCAGGACGCUGAAGAUCUCGACGAUUGUCAUCCACAAGUUCUCUAGUAUUCUAUCAGCAUAUGGUAAGUCUGACCAUUGCUACCUGCACCAGAGUCACUAACAGCGUAUAGGAAUGGCCCUAGCAGACGUUGUCCAAGAAGCGCAAGAACCCGUCAACGAGACAUACGACGAGGCCUCGCGCUCGCGACUCGAGACGCGCCUCUCAAACCUGCGAAACCAGGUCAAAGACCAGCUCAUCAACCAGGGCAUCCGAGAAACCGACAUUGCCUAUGAGAUGUACCUCAACAUGAGGUACCAAGGAACAGAGACGUCCAUCAUGGUUCAACAGCCCGCCGAUGGGGACUUCAAGGCCGAGUUCCAGAAGACGCAUCUCCGCGAGUUCUCCUUCUGUUUCCCAGAUGACAAGGUAAUCUUCGUUGAUGAUGUUCGUGUUCGCGGUAUCGGUACGAGCCAGAGGAAGGAUUGGGAAGGCGAACAGCUUGGACAGCAGCUGUGUGGUUCGAGCUUUGGUGUUAAAGCUGGGAAGCCUGCACCGAGCAUGGUCAACCAGGUUUACUUCCCAAAAGUGGGACACAAGGACACGCCCGUUUUCCUGGUCCAGGAUCUGCCUCCUGGUCUGCUGGUAGAGGGUCCUGCGAUUAUUGUUGACCAGACACAAACGCUUGUUGUGGCUCCUGACACCGUCGCAAAGAUUCUUCGUUCACAUGUUGUCAUCGAGGUCCUCGACACGGCGUCCCAGGCAGUUGAGCAGCCGACUGUCGUUGAUCACAUCCAGCUUUCUGUCUUUGGACACAGAUUCAUGAGCAUUGCCGAGCAGAUGGGGCGUGCUCUGCAAAAGACCGCGGUCUCGCUGAAUAUCAAGGAGCGGCUUGACUUUUCGUGUGCUCUUUUUGGACCUGAAGGUGACCUUGUGGCCAACGCGCCCCAUGUGCCCGUCCACCUGGGCUCAAUGAGCUACGCGGUCAAACACCAACACGAACUCCACAAGGGCAGACUCGUCCCAGGAGACGUCCUCGUCGCAAACCACCCCGAAUCCGGGGGAACGCAUCUGCCGGAUAUAACCGUCAUAACCCCGGUCUUCGAAAAGACCGGAUCAACUGUCGCCUUUUACGUCGCCUCGCGAGGCCACCACACCGAUAUCGGUGGCCUCGGCGGAACGUCCAUGCCGCCCAACUCGACAGAACUUUGGCAGGAAGGCGCAGCAAUUAGAUCGUUCAAGCUUAUUCACGAUGGUGUCUUUGAUGAAAAGGGGAUAACGGAUAUCCUCCUCAGUCCGGGCGAUUAUCCCGGGUGCACGGGGAGCAGGCAUAUCCAGGAUAACAUCUCGGAUCUCAAGGCACAGAUCGCGGCGAACCACAAGGGGAUGGUUCUAGUGCAGGCUCUCAUCGAAGAAUACACGCUUCCCGUCGUGCAAAUGUACAUGAAAGCCAUUCAGUCCAACGCGGAACUCGCAGUGCGGAACUACCUCCUUUCCACACUAACCCGCCUCGGUCCCAACCUCUCGGCAGUUGACCAAAUGGACAAUGGCACACUGAUCAAACUAUCCAUCUCCAUCACACCACAGGGCUCCGCAACAUUCGACUUCACAGGGACCGGCGUCGAAAUGCUAAGUAACAUCAACGCGCCACCGGCCAUAACGCACUCGGCAAUAAUCUACACCCUCCGCCUGCUCAUCGGCACAGAUAUCCCACUGAACCAAGGUUGUCUCGCCCCCAUCGACGUGAUAUUGCCCAAAGGUACCUUCCUGAACCCAUCUAGUGGCCCCGCCGUCUGCGCGGGGAACACGCAGACAAGCCAGCGUCUUGUCGAUGUCAUUCUUCGCGCCUUCCGUGCGGCUGCUGCUUCGCACGGGUGCAUGAACUGCCUGGGUUUCUUCGGCGAGGGAGGGGUCGAUGCCAUUACGGGGAAGAAGAAAGACGGGUACGCGUACGCCUUUGGGGAAACCAUCUGCGGCGGUUCGGGUGCUACCGCGGCCGCGCACGGCGCAUCAGGUGUACACACGCACAUGACGAAUACCCGAAUCACAGACCCCGAGAGUCUCGAGAAGCGGUACCCGGUCAUUCUCCGGGAAUUCGCGAUCCGACCCGGGACUGGCGGUCGCGGGGCGAAGAAUGGCGGGGACGGAGUUGUCCGGGAUAUCGAGUGUCGUGCGCCGCUUAGCUUCAGCGUUAUUACUGAGCGGAGGAGUGUGGCGCCGUAUGGCAUGGAAGGGGGUGGGGAGGGGGAGCGUGGCGCGAAUUAUUGGGUUAGGCGCGUACAGAAUGAAAAGGGAGAGGAUGAGUGGAGGUGGGUGAAUAUGGGGUCGAAGAAUAUGGUCAAGAUGCAGACGGGGGAUCGCUGUGUGAUUCAUACGCCUGGGGGUGGCGGGUGGGGGGUUCCAGGUGUAAACGGGGUGAACGGGCAUGUCAAUGGGCAUGCAAAUGGGGAUGCAAAUGGGGAUGGGGCUCCCAAGAUGCAGUAUCCAAGGGCGUCUGGGAGUGUAACUGCGUAUGCUGAUGCGCAGGCUGCGUCGAAUUAGAUCCUGUUCAGGUAGAGUUGACCCAAUGCAUUGCAUGAUCGGUGG